AUGUUGGGAGAGGUCAUGAUCUCACAAGACCCUACAGUAAUCGCGCAUGGCGAGAAUUUACUUGCCAUUCGCGAAAUGCCUGGAGAUACAGCCGGCAUAACAUCGCAGGAGAACUUGAAAACUGUAGAUUCAAAGCUCCCUCAACCAAAGACUGACAAACCCCGACCACACGGAUGCACAACUUGUGGGCGGUCAUUCGCACGUCUUGAACAUCUCAAACGCCAUGAGCGAUCUCACACAAAGGAGAAGCCAUUUGAGUGCCCCGAAUGCUCCCGCUGCUUCGCGCGGCGAGAUCUAUUGUUGCGGCACCAGCAGAAGUUACAUAUGACGGCAGCACCUUCUCGUCCACGAAACGCACGCCGAGAGAGUACCGGAGCUACAGGGCCUAGCACGACCCGAGUUCGAAAGAGUUUCUCUGCUGGUUCAACAUCGACUAGCAUGCGGCCGAGGGCGAACACUAUUAGCCACAUCGACAAGUCGGCUUUGGGCAUUGUUAAUGCUGCCAAUGCCACUGUUACAAGACCGCCGCAAGCGGGCCACUCUUAUCAUCCUAGCCUAGGCUCAAUAUCCGGUGCUUCUAACUUUGAGACUCGUGGGUACAGCUCCUUGCAUACUACUGCAAGCAGUCUGCCAAAGCUUGAGACAUCAGGUAUACCCAUGGAUAUGGGUGGUGGAUUGAGAACGGCUCCCGUUUACGGUAGCUUUGACCUGGGUCUCAGUGACGCUUUCUUUGGUGGAGGAGGAAGCACUGUCAACCCGGCCGAGCUUCAUUUUGGCAAUUCACCACAAUUCGGUCAUGAAAUUUCGAAUUCUCCUUUCAAUCAAAACUUUCACCCUUUUGCUUCAAUGCCCGAUUCGAUUUUGGAUGAGGAAAACAACUUCGACUGGGUCAAUGGCUUUGACACCACUCUUCCAAUGGGCACUGUGAGCGACUCUGCCAUUGAGGAAUCAUCGCCUUCGGCCAUGAGCACAGAAUCUCAAAGCAGAACCAGUGAACCUAUGCUUGAUGCCUCAGCUCAAAUAGCAUCACCUACCGGCUGGCAAACUCAUUUCUCUACUUCACAGUCCAUGCCUUUUACAAUUGAUUCCUCUUCCCCAUUUCAAGAGCUGGGGUUUCCCGCCGUCGUGGAUACGAUUUCCCCCAAGUCUCUGAUGACACCGAUUCAUUUUACAGACCCUUUUGCACCUAACCAGCCUGUGACUUCAAUGAGUCAGUCGAUGUUGGCAAACUAUUCGCAGAGUAUGUUCCCAUCUUCUAUGGUAGCCGACGGUGAAUCUCCUAAUCCUUUCAACGUUCCUUUCGCCAGUAGUCCCCUACGAAAUCCCGUUCCGGCAGCAUCACCGGACCCAUUCUCAGACUCAUCAUCAACUAGGCAAUCAUUAUUAACGAACAUGCCGCAAUCAAACGGUACAUUACACCGGAAACCUUAUCAAGCAAACAACGGAACAAUCUACAAUCGUGAUAUUUCUUCUCGUCCCACUAUUGGCCUUAAUAGUGCAUAUUUCUUACCAAGUUCUUUCGACUUGCAGCGUUAUGUCCAAGCAUACGUCGACUACUUCCACCCUCAUCUUCCGUUCCUUCAUAUUCCUACCCUUGAUUUUCAAAAUCCAGAUUUCACAAACAGUCUGCGUACCGCGAGCGGCCAUCUCAAUCUCAGUUCAACAGGAAUUGCCGGGGGUGUCGGUUGUCUCAUCUUGUCAAUGGCGGCUAUGGGUGCUCUAUAUGAAUUCGAUAUGGCUGUGUCUAAGGAUUUAUUUGAAUCUGCCAAGAAGAUGAUUCAACUGUACCUAGAAGAGAGGCGCAAGGCCGACAUGUCCGCGGCUCUCAGCCGGUCUCAUAUAAGUCGCGACAAUCCAGUCCACAAUACGCCAUUGUGGCUCGUCCAAGCUAUGUUGCUGAACGUCGUUUAUGGGCACACUUGUGGCGAUAAAACCUCAGCUGAUAUUGCUAGCACGCAUUGUGCUGCUCUGGUGAGCCUAGCACGCGCCGCUGAAUUGACGCACCAUGUCAAUCCAGAACAACUUCCCCAGGAUUAUCUCAACAACAGUAAACAAAGCAACUCUGAUGUCACUGAUGGAGGUCAAUCGGACCAAACGCCGCCUAAAGAACGCAAAGAUUGGCUAGAUUGGAAAAUUGUAGAGGAGCGGAAGCGAACUCUCUUUGCUAUCUUCACGCUGUCUAGCUUGCUUGUAUCUGCUUAUAAUCAUGCGCCUACAUUGACAAAUUCGGAAGUUCGCCUUGAUCUUCCAUGCGAAGAAGAUCUUUGGGCUGCUGAGUCGCCGCAAGCGUGGAGAAAGAUCGGCGGAGCCACAGCCGGAAAAAGAGGCACCUCGUUUUCCUCGGCUUUGACUACACUGCUCACCGCAAGCCAGCGGGCGAAGUUUGCAAGCCAACGAAGUCACCCAUUGGGAUCUACCAUCCAAGUGGAGGACUUGCCCCAGAGCGAUUUGAAGCCCAGUACCUUUGGUUGCUUGGUUCUCAUUCACGCCUUGCAUAACUAUAUAUGGGAAACACGCCAAAGACACAUGGGCCGUCAGUGGACUGCUCAGGAAACCGAUGCCAUGCAGGCACAUAUUGAACCGGCUCUAAGGUCAUGGCAAGCUGCCUGGGCCAGCAACCCGCUGCACAGCCUUGAGCGACCAAAUCCAUACGGGGCCGGGCCGCUGUCUGCUGAUAGCAUUCCAUUGUUAGAUCUAGCCUAUGUUCGGCUGUUUGUCAAUUUAGGUCGUUCAAAAGAAGCGUUUUGGGAAAGGGACUGGAAUGCGAUGUCUGACGAACUUGCGCGUGGUGCCGAGAUUAUACAGCAUGCAGAUGAUGGUGAAGUCGAGUCAUUCAACCCUAGGCAUCUAGAUCUGAUGCGGAGGGAUUCUAUAACCGAUCUCGGUGUAGGGGAGCUCAACUUAUCUGCUCAGCCAAUCCAUGAACGUGCUUCAUCUCAGGCGUUUAGACCGAUGCAAUCGAAGCGAGAGCGACAUUUGCGAAAAGCGGCAUUCUAUGCAGCCGAUUCAUUGUGCAUGUCGGACCGAUUGGGGAAUACUUUUGCAGAGUGGACUUCGCGUGAAUUACCUCUGCAGUGUGCCAUGUGCUCGUUCGAUUGUGCCCAGGUUCUUGCCGAAUGGAUCACAACCGUCCAAGAACGUGUUGGGCCUUACCUAGGUGUUCUCGGACGCGACGAUAUCGACUUGACUCAAGUUCCCGGUAUUAUGCUCCUGGAAGAAGAAGAUUGCAAGCUGAUCGACAAGAUCAAAGAGAUACUCGGAAGUUGCGAGACGAAGUUGCAGCGCGAGGUACAAAACACUGGUACAGCUCCAGCCUUCAACGUCCUGCAGCGCUUGCCUAGUGCAGUGGAGGGGGGUUAUGGUAGCAAAAUUCUAAUGACUACAGCCACUCUUCUGGACAGGGCUGCAGUUUGGCCGAUCACGAAACUUAUGGCACGAUCUUUGGAAACACAAGCCACCCGGAUGAAAGAGCGCGCUGAGAACUCGGUAAUGAUUGAGAAUUGA